CACGGGAGCGCAAGCAGAGCAUCUCGGAGCUCGGGGGCAGUGAGGGCGGCCUGCUGGAGUACCACCGGUGGCAGCGCCAGGAGCGUCUCCGGGAGCAGGAGAUGGAGCGGCUGGAGCGGCAGCGUCUGGAGACCAUCCUGAGCCUGUGUGCCGAGUACACACACGGUGAUGGCGAGGUGGGCUGGGGCGAGGGCACCUUCCCCGGCCUGGCAGAGCUGGCGGCCCCCCCAGCUGGGAGGAGGCCCUCCAGGGGCUCGGCCGCAGAGCAGCCAGCGGGCACCCCGGGGCCGGGGGAGCCAGCGGGCCGGGAGCGCUCGGAGGAGGAGAGUCUGAAGGAGGAGAGCAGCAGCACGGAGAGCGCCGGCCACGAGCAUGAGGAGCCACACGGCAGCAAAGCCCGGCAGGAGGCGGCCCGCCUGGAGGAGGCCCGGACCAGCUCGCUGGCCCGCAUCGACCAGCUGAAGAGCCGCGCCAAGGACCUGGAGCAGCAGCUGCGGGAGACGGCCCGGGAGGCGGAGAUGGAGCGGGCCCUCCUGCAGGGCGAGCGCGAGGCCGAGCUGGGCCAGCUGCAGCAGGAGCAGCGGGUGGUGCAGCACCUGCAGGAGCGCCUCUCCGCCCUCGACGCCGCCAUCCGCCGGGACCGGGACCAGGAGAGGGCAAAGGUUGAUGCGGAAAGGAAGGCGCUCAAGAGGCUGCGGGCGCUUGAUGCUGAGCUCCGGAGCCAGCUCGAUAACUGCCCCGAGUCCCUGAGGGAGCAGGUGCAGGAGCAGGUGCACAGGGAGGCCGAGGCGCUGGAGACGGAGGCCAAGCUCUUCGAGGACCUGGAGUUCCAGCAGCUGGAGAAGGAGAGCCGCCUGGAAGAGGAGCGCGAGGCCCUCAGCCAGCAGCUGCUGCUCAGCAAAGCCGAGAGCCACUGCAGCGCGGCCCGGAGGAAGGAGCGCAUGGCUGCCCUGGAAAGCCAGGCCCACCAGAUCCGGCUGCAGGCAGCCCAGGAGGUCGACCGGCUGGGGAAGGAGAAGAGCGCCACGCUGCAGCUGCUGCAGAAGGAGAAGGAGAAUCUCCUCGCGCUGGAGAGGCGCUACCGUGCGCUCACAGGGGGCUCCGGCUUCCCCACAUCUUCUGCAGCCCUUCGAGAGGUCUAUCGCUCCAAGACAGGCAGCAGGUCUGGCAACCCCGCCUGGCCCACGGAGGGCAGCGCUCCCCAUGCCCAUGGCACAGCCUCUGCUCCUGGCCACCGCAGCCCCUCACCCCAGCGCCCGCAGCUGCCGCGGAACCUGGCCUGCACCCUCCGCGACAUCGAGACCAGGCGCCAGCGGGCCCUGCAGCAACAGGGGCAGCAGGUGAUCGAGGACCAGCGGAGGCGCCUGGCCGACCUCAAGCAGAAGGCGGCGGCCGAGGCACAGUCGCAGUGGGAGGCCCUGCACGGGGGGCCGCCCCCCUUCCCCCCCUCCUGCUCCCCCCUCCUGCACCACUCCAUCCUCCAUCAUUUCCCCCCGCGGGGGCUGGGCCCGCAUCCUGACGAGCCAGAGCAGGCCUACGACACCCUCAGCCUGGAGAGCUCGGACAGCCUGGAGACCAGCCACUCCGCCUGCUCCCCGGACAACGGGUCCAGCGCCAGUGGGACUGAGGCCGGGAAGAUGGAGGAGAUGGAGAAGAUGCUGAAGGAGGCCCACGCGGAGAGAUCGCGGCUGAUGGAAUCGCGAGAGCAGGAGCUGGAAGCGCGGCGCCAGGCCCUGGAGGACGAGCGGCGGCGGCGAGAGCAGCUGGAGCAGCGGCUGCAGGACGAGACGGCGCGGCGGCAGAAGCUCGUGGAGAAGGAGGUCAAGCUGCGGGAGAAGCAGUUUGCCCAGGCCCGGCCCCUGACGCGCUACCUGCCCAUCCGCAAAGAGGACUUCGACCUGCGCGUGCACAUCGAGUCCUCGGGCCACAGCGUGGACACCUGCAGCCACGUCGUCCUCUCCGAGAAGACCUGCAGGGGCUACCUGGUCAAGAUGGGGGGCAAGAUCAAGUCCUGGAGGAAGCGCUGGUUCGUCUUUGACCGCAUGCGGCGAACGCUGUCCUACUACGUGGACAAGCACGAGACGAAGCUGAAGGGCCUCCUCUACUUCCAGGCCAUCGAGGAGGUGUAUUACGACCACCUCCGGAGCGCAGCCAAGAGUCCCAACCCGGCUCUCACCUUCUGCGUCAAGACCCACGACCGGCUCUACUACAUGGUGGCCCCCUCGGCCGAGGCCAUGCGGAUCUGGAUGGACGUCAUCGUCACGGGCGCCGAGGGCUACACCCAGUUCCUGAGCUGAGCCUGGGCAGCCGGGAGGUGGCCUGCCCCACUGCCGGAGAGCCAGCCGGAAGGGGGCGGCCGGCCUCUGCGCUCCUGACCUCCCCCCCCAAAUCAGCGAUGCCAAAGAUGGCCCUCCCCUGGAGCGGACAGCCCCAAGUGCCCUCUGCAUCCUGCCCACGCCACCCCAGCGUGGGGCAGAGGAGGGCGGAGAUGCCCAGAUGGUGCCCCACACCACCACGUGCCUUGGAGGGACUCCAGCCGGGGCCCCACUGUCUGCUCAGGCCGGCAGCUGCCCCGCUGCUCGCCUUGCAGCCCACACACGCUCUGGCCCCAGCCCCACGGCGCAAUGGUGUCCUCUGCCUUCUGAGAAGUGCCACGCCAAAGAUCGGCUCCUGCGAGCCCGGCAGUCGCAGUGGCCCGGUGCUUGGAGGGGCGGGAGCCUGGCUGGCGGAGAGCAAUAAAGCCUUUUCCCAAACCUG